GGAUAGUCCCUUGGAGCUUGAGGACAAGAUUUUUUGCUGUCUGUUGCAACUUCAUAGGCGCCAAGCUGCAACUAAGAAAAUGCUAAGCAAAUAAUUUUCUAAGCUGAGAUUCACAAGAAAACGAACAGGGAAUUACCGGGAAUGCUCAGGAGUCGACUGUUUGGUGGCGGGGUGACCGUUGCGUACAACACCCUCAUUCGAGCUCAUGCUGCUACCUCUCCUUUCUUGGCUCUUUCCCUUUUCCGCAACAUGCGCCGCCGUCCUGGAGUGUCGGUGGAUCACUUUACUUUCCCCUUCGUUCUCAAGGCCUGCGCUCGUCUCCGGCUGGGGAUGCAUCUUCAUUCGGUGAUUCUGAAGAUGGGUUUCGAUUCGGAUGUCUAUGUGCAGAACGCGUUGAUCGGGGUUUAUGGUGGAUGCGGCAGGGUGGCGGAUGCUUUGAAGGUGUUUGAGGAAAUGUCUGAGAAGGACGUGGUCUCUUGGUCUUCGAUGAUCGCUUGCUUUGUCGAUAACGGUUCUGUGCAAGAGGCCCUGGCUCUGUUUCAACAGAUGCAGAUUGAUGGCAGCGUGAAGCCUGAUGAGGUUACGCUGCUUAGCUUGGCUUCUGCCAUUUCAAGCAUCGGAGCAGUGGAGUUGGGGAGGUGGGUUGAUGCUUAUAUAUCCAGAAAUGGGUUGGAGCUCACUGUUGCAUUAGGUACUGCAUUGGUUGACAUGUUCUCACGUUGUGGUUCUAUAAAUGAUUCGAUGAGAGUCUUUGAACGGAUGCCUGAGAGAAACAUAAGGACUUGGACUGCAUUGAUUAAUGGGCUAGCGGUGCAUGGUCGCAGCAAGGAAGCGUUGAGAUUGUUCCGUGAGAUGAAGGAGGGAGCUGGUUUGCGGCCUGAUCACAUCACGUUUAGUGCUGCUUUAGUCGCUUGCAGUCAUGGUGGCCUUGUUAACAACGGUUGGCAGAUUUUUCGUUCCAUUAAGGAAGAAUAUGGUAUGGAACCAACUCUAGAGAAUUACGGUUGCAUGGUUGAUCUCCUUGGCCGUGCUGGCUUAGUUGAUGAUGCUUUUAAUUUUGUACAAGAUAUGCCCUGUCAAGCAAAUGCUGUCAUCUGGAGGACCUUGCUGGGAGCUUGUGUGAAGCAUGGUGACAAUCUUGCAUUGGCAGACCAAGUGAAGCAGAAACUGUCUCAGCUAGAUCCUCAUCACGAUGGGGAUUAUGUGCUUCUAUCAAACGCUUAUGGUGGGACUGGUUCAUAUACCAAGAAGGCAGAGUUGAGAGCUGCAAUGCAAGACAAGAGAAUUGCCAAAACCCCUGGCCGUAGUUUGCUUGUCGUGGGUCAUGAGAUUCAUGAGUUUCUAUCAGGAGGCGAUGAUGCUCGUCUUCUGGUAUAUACACAGAAAGUCAGAGACUUCUUACAGCAGAUGAUCGAUAAUCUCAGAGUUGAAGGUUAUGAGCCGCACAAGUCAAGUGUGUUCCAUGACAUUGAGGACGAGGAGAAGGAGCAGAGUGUUGGGUUCCACAGUGAAAAGCUGGCAGUUUCAUUUGCCCUUCUGAACUUCACAGAUAGGAGAAGAACAAUCAGGAUUAUGAAAAAUCUAAGGACAUGUCAUGAUUGCCAUUCCUUCAUGAAGCAUGCUUCGAGAAAAUUCGAGAGAGAAAUCAUUAUCCGGGAUCGGAACCGUUUCCAUCAUUUCAAAGGCGGAUCUUGUUCGUGUCAGGAUUAUUGGUGAGGGAUCGAUCAUGCUACUUCACCCAAUCGCCCUUCUGCCCUUGUGAUGGAUAGAACACGUUCCUCAGUUUCCUGUGAAGCCCUGAAGGUGAUCUGCUUAUUACCAGGAGACAAGGUGGUACAGACUUAUUAACAGACAUGAAGGGCUUCGCUGAACAAUGAAUGUUGGGUCCAAUCAGCUUUUAAGAAAGGACUACAUAGCAUAUGCUCUAUGCAUUGCAAAAACUUGGCUAGGAAAUAACUCGUUGCAUUUUGAACAUGAAGGAAGUGCCUUCAGGACCAUAUUUCGGUUGGGAAUCUGAGACUUGUUGCGCCAAUGUUAGUCAUACUAGAAUCAAUACCCACGGCUACGCCGUGGUAACUAAAUUUGCAGCAACAUGUUCAUAUGAUGGCCAGUUUCUUUGAUGGCAAACUAUAAAAUUAUUUGAAGAGUUCCCUAACUAAAUUUGACAAUAUAACCGUUGAUGCAUGAAGUGAAAGAUAUUAACACUCAAAUCAAUAAGCACACAACAGAAUAUGUAGCAUACCUAAUACAUAUUCAACAUUGAAGAGUACCCCAAGGAAACCAAUGACUUUGGAUCAGAAACAGAAGCUUACAUGGAACAUGGGAAAAGAAGCAAAAGUGUAUAAAGAAAAAUAUACCAGUAAUCUCAAAGGAAUUAAAAUGCAUGGUAAAGGAAACCGUACCGGACAUCAUACCGGAUUCCUAUCUGGUAUGGUAUUUUGUGGUACGAUCGUGGUUCAACCGUUUUGUACCGGUAAAUACCGUUUUUCACUAUUGGUAGAGAAAUGAAAUGCGAUAGUAUAAAAAAUAUAAUCCAUCAAAAAAAGAACCAAAUAGAGCAUUAUACAACCACGGUGACCCAUUUUCAACAUAGAAAAAUAGCAAAAUAAUAUUCUUUUUAAUUAUUUUCCACAUAUUGGACGAGAAUACGGAGAAAUGAAGCUGAAUCGUAGACCAGGAAACCGGAUCAUACCGGCCGGUUCAACCGGUCAAACCGAAAAAACUGGCCGACACUGUAAAAUCAGCACAAUCAGCCCACCGUACCGCUUUUGGUCCAAUUUCCGGUUGAACAGGCCGGUACGAUCCGGUUUCCUGGUCUAUGUUAAAAUGCCAAAAGAACACAAAACUGAGAAGUUAAAAGAAUUAAAAUGUUAAAAGAACACAACUUUCCAUAAGCAAAAUCACGUUGGAGAAGUGUCCACGACAGACCAACUCUCUUCCACUGAAAGAUACUAAUUACUACACACCGUUCCCUGUUGCAGCUCCUAGUCUGCUUCUUUGACUCACAUCCAUCCACCAGCGACCUACAAAACCUAGAAGCAUAGAAGCAAUUAAAAGGAAAUGAAAUUGAGGGCUUCCAGUGAAUCUGAAGAGCCGAGACGUGGAUACAACUGAAAAUAGCAAAGCGUACACUGUAACCUAGAAUGCUUCCAGCUCAAGCCUUGCAGAUUAAUGAAGAGAAAAACACAACGUUUAAGUAUGAGAAACCUUAACUACACAGAAACUCACCUUUCAAUUAAGUGAAGAAAAGUUAAGAAGCAAGGAUCAAACACCCUCACACAAAUUUAUCCUUGAACUGUAAAAAUGAACACUUCAGGUUGAACAUACCGUGGUAAUGAAACUUCGGAGGCAACAACAAACACCCUCACAAAAUCCAAACUAUGUCAGCCGAGACUCGCCUUAGUAGCUUGUAAAUCUCAUGGUCGUCAAGGGCUGUCAGGAUUCAAGUGUUCUUUUCCACCAAAAUCCACAUAUGAUGUGCAUGUGUGCCCAACGACUUGUGCUCUAAUUACUACACACCGUUCCCUGUUGAAGCUCCUAGUCUGCUUCUUUGACUCACAUCCAUCCACCAACGACCUACAAAACCUAGAAGCAUAGAAGCAAUUAAAAGGAAAUGAAAUUG